UACUCUCUUUUGCGGUUGCACAUCUUCCCCCUUCUCCGUCUCGUUUUCCUCUUCUUUCCCUCUUGUUUUUGUCCCUCUAGUAGUGUCAAAUUAAUCAUGGCUCCUGCUCCACUUGCUACCGGUGUUGGUGUUGCAAAUCUCCCAAACCAACGCCAUAAGAUAGUCGCAAAACGUGGUGCUAAUUUCACCAUUAUGGUGUGCGGUGAAUCCGGCUUGGGAAAAACCACAUUCAUCAAUACUUUGUUCACCACCUCGAUUAAGGAUCACAAGAACCCUCUUCGUCGUCAUCAUAAACAACUCGACAAAACUGUCGAGAUUGAAAUCACCAAAGCAGAACUCGAAGAAAAGAUGUUCAAGGUCAAUUUAACUGUCAUUGAUACCCCUGGUUUCGGUGAUUACAUCAACAAUAAGGACAGCUGGCUGCCCGUCAUUGAAUUCCUUGAUGAUCAACACGAGAGCUAUAUGCGCCAAGAGCAACAGCCUUCUCGUCAAAAGAUCAAUGACUUGCGCGUCCAUGUGUGCUUGUAUUUCAUCAGACCGACUGGUCAUACAUUGACGCCAUUGGAUAUUGAGGUUAUGAAGCGUCUAGGAACCCGUGUCAACUUGAUCCCGGUGAUUGCAAAGGCCGACACACUUACCCCUAGGGAUUUGGCUGACUUUAAGCGAAAGCUCCGCGAAGUGAUCGCCGCCCAAAAUAUUCAGAUCUAUUCAUGUCCCAUUGAGAGUGAAGAUGAAUCUACCACUGCUCGUAACAGGACCAUUAUGAGUGCUAUGCCAUUUUCCGUUAUUGGAUCAACACAGGAUGUCACCACAGCCGAUGGAAGAACCGUUAAGGGUCGUGAAUACUCUUGGGGUGUAGCCGAGGUUGAAAAUGAAGAGCACUGCGACUUUAAGAAACUUCGUAGCUUGCUUGUUCGUACUCAUAUGCUGGAUUUGGUUUCCACCACUGAAGAGAUGCACUAUGAAAACUAUCGUCGUGGCCAAAUGGAGACUAGAAAGUUUGGCGAUCCAAAGGUCAAGAAGUUGAACAAUCCCAAGUUCAAGGAGGAAGAGGACAACUUGCGCAAGAAAUUCACAGAGCAAGUCAAGCAGGAGGAGAACCGUUUCCGUCAUUGGGAGCAACAAUUAAUCGCUGAAAGAGAUCGACUGAAUAAGGAUUUGGAAGAUAAGCAUGCCCAAAUUAAGAAUCUCGAAGGCGAGUUGGAUGCUCUAUACCAAGCUCAGGGACGCAACACUACCAGAAGAUAAUUACGGCAGAAAGAAUCUCCAUGCGGACUUCAAGGCAUAACAGGGCCAGAUACUGGUUACCACAGCAGCAACAGAUUUCACUCAUUCUACUCUUCUUUCCUAACCCUUUCUUUUUUUUUCUAUACUUCCACCACAUCCUUAUUCUAUUGUUCGUGGAACAAUAACCAUAAUCUUUA